ACCCCAUCGCCAAACCACAGAGGGUCCUAACGACCCACCUGCUCACGGCGGCCAACCUCCUCAUUCCAAUACAUUGGAAGGCCUCUAAGGCACCAUCGGUGAGGGAAUGGCUCCAGAAAGUCGAGUCUAUUCGAAUAAUGGAGGAACUGACAGCCUCUAUGAAUGACAAAUACGCCCACUAUGCCUCCGCAUGGGAACCCUGGUCCAAAUACAUAGACAAUACCACAACAUCAUGA